CUCUCUUCCUCUUUUUUUUUCUUCUGUCACAGUCUCUGUCCUUCUCAUGGUUACUUCACCUCUUUGUGUCUCUGCUUCUCCCCAUCAGUUCCUCCGUGUGGCUUUUCCAGUGUCUCUCUCUCUCUGUGUGUGUCUCUGGCUUCUGCUCUGAUGGUCCCUCUGCCCGUCUCUAUUUUUAUCCCUCUGACACACCCCCUGCGUCCACCUCUCUGUCUGUCCGUCUCUCCCCCUCCCGCGUCUGCUCAGGACCCAGCUCCUGGUCCCAAUUAGUUGAUCGCCGCCAAGGCAGCGGCGGGCCCCCCACCCCCGGCUCCUCAUUACAGCCGGCGGCUCCUAAUGAGCCUGGGGGGAGGCUGACCCCACGCCCCCGGCCCUUGGUCUGCGUCACUGCCCGCUGCGGGGGCUGCGGGAGGGAUAUAAGGGGGCUGCCUGCUCGCUGCCCAAGUCCACUGCGCGGUGAUGGAGACUCGCCAGGUGCCCCGGAGCUCCCGGGCGCGGCUCCUGCUGCUGCUCCUGCUGCUUGUGCCCUGGGGCGUGCGCACGGCCUCAGGCGUCGCCCUGCCCCCCGCGGGGGUCUUCAGGCUGGCCGCCCUGGAGCGCCGCCGCUGGCUGAACUCCUACAUGCACAAGCUGCUGGUGCUGGACGCGCGCUGA